AACAUGCAGGCAAUUUUCCUAUUGUGCGUACUCCUUGCAUGCAUUAUCGUCUUGGUGAAGUUAAGUUGGGGCGUUGGGAAAUUGGAUGCCCAGGACUCAACCACCUCAAAUCCCCAGAUUGUACUCCACAAGGACCCGUACUCAUCAACUGAGUGGUUCAAGGACGUAAUUAAGCAUAGGACGAAGGAUAACGACUUGAAUACCAUCAGUGAACAAGAGCUUGUGAAGUCAAAGGCACGAAUCCAAAAACUUUUAUCUAUUCUAAGACGACAACCAGCAAAGGAUAUACCAGAUAACUUUGGAACCACCAACGAGCCAACCAAUGUCCAAUUUACAACCGUCAAUUGUAAUCCAGUUCUUGAGGAGAACUGCGGUCCGGAGUCUAUUGGAACAAGACUAAGUGCCACUUUACUAAAAAUUCUCGCAUAAGAUAUUUAUUUAUGUUUCUUUAUCAGAGCCCACUCAGAAUGAAACCAAAUUAAUCAUUAGGCUAAUAAUUUAUUAAACACAUGACAAUACUGAACUUUA